CGGAUUUUUAAUUGUAUACAAUCAAUCAAUUAAGGUAGCGACUCACCGCAGCGACUUCUAAUGCGAACAAACAACCGUAGAUACCCAACAGCACCUAAUAUUUACACACGGAUGCGGUCGCAUAUGCCAAUAUGAGGGUUACGGAGGUGAUUAUAGACGGCUUCAAAUCCUACGCCGUGAGAACGGUCAUCUCAGGAUGGGAUGAGAGCUUCAACUCCAUUACCGGCUUGAACGGUAGUGGUAAAUCCAAUAUUCUAGAUGCCAUUUGCUUCGUCUUAGGUAUCACGAAUAUGACCACCGUUCGAGCACAAAAUCUCCAGGAUCUUAUAUACAAACGAGGUCAAGCCGGCGUUACGAAAGCGAGCGUUACGAUCGUAUUCGACAAUAGAGACAAGCAUAAAUCUCCCAUCGGUUUCGAAGAAUAUGCGACAAUUAGCGUCACCAGACAAAUCGUCCUAGGUGGAACCUCGAAAUAUCUAAUAAAUGGCCACCGAGCGCAGCAACAGACCGUUCAAAACCUCUUCCAAUCGGUACAACUCAACAUAAAUAAUCCCAACUUUCUUAUCAUGCAAGGUCGAAUCACCAAGGUGUUAAACAUGAAGGCGGUUGAGAUCCUGGCCAUGAUCGAAGAAGCUGCCGGCACAAGGAUGUUCGAGGACCGAAGAGACAAAGCUCUCAAAACCAUGGCUAAGAAGGAGAUGAAAUUGCAAGAGAUCACCGAGUUACUCCGCGACGAGAUCGAACCCAAGCUUGAGAAGUUGCGGACGGAGAAACGAGCUUUCUUAGAUUUCCAACAGACACAAAACGACCUAGAGCGCUUAACAAGAGUGGUAGUCGCGCAUGAUUAUAUAAAAUAUCAAGAGAGGCUACAGCAAUCUGCGACAGACCUCGAGAACAAAAAGCAACGGCAAAAGGAUCUCGAAGAGUCGGCGACGAGGCUCAAGAGCGAAAUAUCCCAUCUUGAGGAGGAUGUUAAGAGAGUGAAGGCGCAAAGAGACAAGGAAUUAAGAAAAGGAGGGAAAGCCCAAGCAUUAGAGGACGAUGUGAAAAAGCAUUCCAAUGAGCUGGUCCGACUUGCUACGGUGGUAGACUUGAAGAAGUCUAGUAAAGCCGAGGAAGAAGAAAAGAAAACCGCUGUACAGAAGAGUGUUGCUGAGCUAGAGGCGACGCUGAAGGAGAAAACGAUAGCCUAUGAGAAGAAUAAGGCCAAAUACGAUGCAGCGAAAGAAGAAAACGAGAAGCAAAGCCAGGAAGCCGAGUCGAAAGAAGAAUUACUCCAGACGUUACAAACUGGUGUCGCAUCCAAGGAAGGACAAGAAAGCGGUUAUCAAGGCCAACUACAAGAUGCCAGAAAUCGAGUGGCGGCGGCUGCUACUGAACAGGAGCAAGCCAAGAUUAAAAUCGCCCAUCUUGAAAAGCGAAUCAAAGAGGAAGAACCCCGAGCGAAGAAAGCCAAAGAGCAAAACGCAGGCCUACUAAAAGAAUUGGAGGGCCUUAAGACUCAAUCACAGAAACUUGAGGCUCAACUCGCGAAACUCGGUUUCGAACCAGGCCAGGAAGAAGAGAUGUAUAAGCAAGAAUCAUCGCUACAGCAGACGAUCAGAGGCUUGCGCCAAGAAGCAGAUUCUUUAAAGCGCAGAGUUGCAAACAUUGACUUCAACUACGCUGACCCAACCCCCAACUUCGACCGCUCCAAGGUUAAGGGAUUAGUCGCCCAGCUUUUCACUCUCGACAAAGAGCACACUAAAGCUGGUACUGCUUUAGAGAUCUGCGCUGGUGGUCGUUUGUACAACGUUGUGGUGGACAGCGAAGUGACAGGUACACAACUAUUACAGGGCGGCAAAUUGCGUAAGAGGGUCACCAUCAUUCCGCUAAACAAGAUCGCUACAAUCAAAGCCUCGGCACAAACGAUUGCUACAGCCCAAAAUAUCGCGCCUGGCAAGGUCAAUUUGGCUUUGUCGCUCAUAGGCUACGACGAUGAAGUGUCCGCAGCGAUGGAGCAUGUCUUUGCCAAUACCUUAAUUUGCGAGGAUGCCGAAACUGCGAAGAGGGUGACUUUUGAUUCUAACGUUCAAAUGAGAAGUAUUACCCUCGAAGGUGAUGCAUACGAUCCUUCGGGUACACUUUCAGGUGGAAGCGCGCCCACUUCUAGCGGCGUGCUAGUCACAUUGCAAAAAUUGAACGAAAUCAACCGCCAGCUCAGGGAAGCGGAGGGUUCUCUACGUGAUCUUCAAGUCAAGAUUUCGCGGGAAAAGUCUAAGCUUGACCAGGCUCGCAAGAUUAAGCAGGACCUCGAUCUCAAGGCACACGAAACUAAGCUUGCUGAGGAGCAAAUUAGCGGCAACUCAUCAUCCUCAAUUAUCCAAGAGGUAGAGAAUAUGAAGGAGACUAUCGUACAACUCAAAAACGAAAGUGCCGAAGCUAAGAAGAGGCAAGCUGAAGCUAGUGCAGACGUCAAGAGGAUAGAGAAGGAUAUGAAGGACUUCGAGAAUAACAAGGACUCGAAGCUCGUUGAGCUCCAAUCUUCACUCGACAAGCUGAGAGCAACAUUGGCUAAGAACUCCACCGCAGUCAAAUCCCUACAGAAAGAACUACAAAGUGCUCAGCUUGACUCAGAGCAAGUCUCGGGUGAUCUUGCCGCCGCAAGAGAACAGUUACAGGAGGUCGAGCUGGCCAUUAAGUCACAGCAAGAGGAAAUUGAGGACCUUGUCAAGAAACAGUCAAAGCUACAAGAUACCCACGAUCUUGCCCAAGCAGAACUUGAUGAUGAAAGGGCCAAAUUAACAGGUUUUGACGAUGAGUUGCAUGCACUUGAAGAGGCAAUUAGAUCAAAGAACGGACGAAUUGCCGAAGAAGGUCUAGAAAAGCAAAAGCUUGGUCACACAGUCGACAAAUUCCACAAGGAGCAACAGCACGCAGUACAAUCUGUGGCGAACAUGGAGAAGGAAUUCGAUUGGAUCGCCGAAGAGAAAGACAACUUCGGUCGCACAGGAACGCCGUACGACUUCAAAGGCCAAAACAUCGCAGAGUGCAAGGCUACGCUAAAGACACUCACGGACCGCUUCCAAGGCAUGAAGAAAAAGAUCAAUCCUAAGGUCAUGAACAUGAUCGAUAGCGUCGAGAAAAAGGAGGGGUCGCUUAAGCACAUGAUGAAGACUGUUAUCCGCGACAAGCGCAAGAUCGAAGAGACUAUUAUUAGUCUCGACGAUUACAAGAAGAAAGCUCUCUUGCAGACCUGGGAGAAGGUCAACGGUGACUUUGGUCAGAUUUUCUCAGAGCUUUUGCCUGGUGGCAGUUUCGCGAAGCUGGAUCCGCCUGAGGGCAAGACGAUCAAUGAGGGUCUAGAGGUCAAGGUGUGUCUUGGUAAGGUGUGGAAGCAGAGCUUGACGGAAUUAAGUGGUGGUCAACGAUCACUGGUGGCUUUGUCUCUCAUUAUGGCUUUGCUACAAUUCAAGCCAGCACCCAUGUACAUUCUAGACGAAGUGGACGCCGCGCUGGAUCUGUCGCAUACGCAAAAUAUCGGUCGUCUCAUCAAGACACGCUUCAAGGGCUCUCAGUUCAUCGUCGUCUCUCUAAAAGACGGCAUGUUCCAGAACGCUAACCGUAUCUUCCGCACCCGCUUCAGCGAAAAUACGAGUAUGGUGCAAGCACUUACAGCUGCGGACUUCAAGUAAUUAGAUACCUAACCUAACGUAAUUGAAUUCUCAAUACCCCAAAAAUCCUCCUGGAAAUAGCUGAGGGAGGUGGAGAUGGGCGCAGGCGUGGGGGAAGGGAUGUCUUCGGGUUGCCUUUGUUGGUUAAUGCGCGUUUGCCGCGUGCGUAAUGUGCGGGCAGACAGAAAAUGCGUGCGUGAUGAGAAAAAUGAGGGAAAUAUUGGUCUGCU